AUGGCAGCGCCCAUGAAAAUCACACACAUCGUAUACUGCCGUUGCAAUCACGUGCGCUUGCUCGUUUACUAGUUACUGUUCUGAUUGCCCGAUCCCUAUUAUUCACUCUAGCAUAGACACGGGGAAAAUCCUCUUUUCAGCAAAUGACAUAGAGUACUGCCGACGUUUUAGGUAUAUGAAAAAAUGCCUGGAAAGCACAAACAUGGCAAUAAACACAUUGCCUCAUCAAACAAGCGCAAUCAGCAGAGACACAAGAAGUAUGGUGAAGACAGGUUCUCUCAGGAUUUGAGAGAUUCUUUGGAUGACACAGAAGACCCAACUGGCCAUGUGAAGUUCCCAUUCCCAGUAGCCAUGUGGGAUUUAGAACAUUGUGAUCCAAAAAAGUGCAGUGGAAAGAAACUGUCAAGACUGGGAUAUGUUAAGACACUUCGUUUGCAGCAAAGAUUCAGUGGAAUAAUAUUGACACCUAUGGGGACACGUUGUGUGUCUCCAGAGGAUAGGCAAAUCAUAACUGAUCAUGGUCUGGCUGUUGUUGACUGUUCUUGGGCUAAGCUUCAAUCCACCCCCUUCAGUCAAAUGAGAGGAGGUCAUCCUAGGUUAUUGCCAUAUCUAGUGGCAGCAAAUCCCAUCAACUAUGGAAAACCAUGCACUCUGUCUUGUGUAGAGGCAUAUGCUGCUACAUUGUACAUUUGUGGUUACAAAGAUUUAGGUUCAAGUCUCCUCAAACAAUUCAAGUGGGGCAAAACAUUUUUUGAGAUAAACCAGGAUGUUUUGGACAUGUAUGCUGCCUGCAAAGAUGGUUCAGAGGUUGUAAAGGCCCAGCAGGAAUACUUGGAGAAAAUAAUGGCUGAAGAUAAAGAGAGGGUUGAUGAAGAUCCAUUUGAUAUAGACUUAAGUAAAGAACACUUCAAUCCCAAUCGGGACUUUCCUCCUUCAAGCUCUGAAAGUGAGGAGGACGAGGAGGAGGAAGAGGAGGGCAAAGAAGAAGAUGAUGAAGGCAAUGACCCCAUUACAUUUAAUGAAGAUGUUCAAAAAUGUGGAUGUGCAGGAACUAUUGAGGAAAAAAUUCUGCCAGCAGGGACAGACAGUGAUGAAAGAAAGUACAAUGAUACAUUAGAGAACAGACUUCAGCAAGACACGCCUUCUACUGAUGCUGCCUUGGAUACUUCAAAGGACUCCUCUCAAGAGGCCAUGGGAUCAGGAGCUGUUGGCAGAAUAAGCUCAGACCCACAUUGACAGGCUUGGUGCAUUCACCUGUGUCUAAAGAGAUGGAUGAUAGACCAGGUCUUUGGUGGUGCUGAAAGGGAUAAAAUGGAAGAAAGAAUCCAUACCUACAGUGUAUAUUGUACAAUCUAAAUU